AUGAAGACAAUUCGUAUAGUACGGCCAACGAUCUCGAUACUGGCUGUUCUGAGUCAGUUGCAACUAUCAGCUGCAACACCGCUGGAGUUCGACGAGGGCAGUCUCGAGAAGCGCUGCGCAAACCCUUGCGGCUAUUACAGUCAGCUAUGCUGCACAUCCAGCCAGACCUGCGGUACCAACAGUCAAGGACAAGCAGUUUGUUUGGACUCGUCGGGCGGCGGCAGCGGCGGAACUUGGGAAUACUAUACCACUACCUACGUUACCACCGAGGCGGAUACUAAAACGAUUACUUCUACAUGGAGUAGCCUGCUCCCUACCGCGACAAGCUCAACCAGUUGCAGGACCGACCUCGGCGAAACGGCUUGCGGCAAUACAUGCUGUGGUGCUGCAUAUGUCUGCGCCAAUCAUCAGUGUAUUGUGGGAAGUUCAUCGAUGUGGGUAACAGCCACUGCGACACCUCCAGUACGGGGAACGACCCAGUCGACUAUGACCCAGACUGCAACUGCGACGACCACACAAGGUUUCAUUGCACCUGUGGGAACAGACGGCGCAACUUUGAUAGGAGUCCAUGCUGCCGGAGGAGGACUGAGCGGUGGCGCUAUUGCGGGUAUAGUCAUCGGCGUAAUUGCUGGCGUCUUUAUCCUGCUCCUGCUAUGCGCCUGUCUGUGUUGCAAGGGAGCUCUGGACGUCCUGUUCGCCUGCCUUUGUCCUGGUAGACGGAAGAGAAAGGAUACCACGUAUGUCGAAGAGCGAUACCAUCACCAUGCGCACGGAAGCAAACCCGAAGGGCGUACCUGGUUUGGCACUAGGCCAUCCGCCUCAGAAGGAGGCGAAAAGAAGUCCAAAUGGGGAAGUCUGGCUACCAUUGGCAUUAUACUCGGCGCUCUUGCGCUGUGUCUAGGCUUGAAGAGGCGCAAGGAUGAAGACGAGAAGAGUGAUUACACUUACCCCAGCUCUUACUAUUAUUACUCUGACUACUACACGAGCGCAAGUAGCGAAAGCUCGGAUAGGCGAACGAGAGACACAAGACGAUCCAGAAAUUCUCGCCCGCCGCGCUCACGACGAUCAUGA